UUAAUAUUCCGGUUUGGUUCUUUCUGCGCUUUUAGAGGUGAAUUGAUCAUGAAGAUAGAAGGUGCUGUGGCCUUAAUUACCGGUGGGGCUUCAGGAAUCGGCAAAGCAAUCUGCGAGAAACUUUUACAAGAUGGAGCGAAGGUUCAGUUCCUUGACAUCAACAAAACAACCGGUGAAGCAACACUGAAGAGUUACACCAGCCAACACGCUAACGGGCAUGCCAAAUUUAUAUGCUGUGACGUCACUUCUCAUGAUCAAUUAGACGCUGCAUUUAGAGCCACAGUGAAAGAACAUGGCAGACUUGAUAUAUUAGUCAAUAACGCAGCAAUUAUGGACGAACAGGAUUGGGAGAAAACCCUUAACGUGAAUCUGCAUGCUGUCAUUCGCAGUACUUUUCUUGGAAUUGAGCUCAUGAAGAAUGGCGUUAUCAUAAAUAUGUCGUCUACUGGAGGUAUCCAUCCAGUUUCGUUUUUACCUGCUUACUGUGCUUCAAAGUUUGGUAUCGUAGGAUUCUCUAGAAGUGUCGCUCCGGCAGCCUUGAGAAAAAAAGGCAUACGCGUGAACUGUGUAUGUCCAGGAAGUACAGACACGGAUAUCUACAAGACCGUGGGAAACUUGGAGCUUACUAAGGAGCAACAAGAACUCUUAGUUAGCACGCAUAAACAGAAACCAGAGGCCGUAGCGGAAUGCGUAGUUGAUUUGAUCAAAGACGAAUCGACGGAAGCGGGGCAAGUGGUGAAAGUAACUUACGAAGAUGGUGUGGAAUAUCUUAACUUUAAUGACAUCGUUAUAUGACACCAUCUGACAAACCAACCAGCGAGCCUGGAGCAUUCUGCACCUCAUCAGAAGAUAUGCAUCUAUCAUCUUUAAACAAUUAAUUGAUAUCAGGAGCCCAUUAUCUAUAAUGGGCUGCUGUUGAUAUAGAUAAUAGAUAUAGAUGAGAGUCAGUAGAUUCAACACCCCAUGGAGGACUGAGGAAAAAAUGUCAUCAUAAGUUUAUUGAUAGAGUACAAUGGUUUGAAAGGUCAGAUUAGCGAAAUAAAUUAUCUAUUAUCGAGAGAUA